AUGUGGAUAAACAAAAUAGGAAAUAAAAGUGCAUCCUUUAUAAAUCACAAACAUUUUCAUCCAGGAAAUAUAAAAAACUUGGAAAAGGUGUGGCUAGCUGAAGAAAAGGAAAGGUUAAGAAAAGAAGAAGAAGAAAAAUAUUUAAAAAAGAGAGAAGAACAAUAUAAAUUAUAUGCUUUAAAAAAGCAAUUAAGACAAAAUGAAUUGAAUAAUAAAGAUACAGAACAUGAUAUUCUAUAUGACAUUAACAAAGAAAAUAAAAAAAAAGAAGUUAAUUAUAAUAAUAAAAAAAAAAACGAAGAAAAUGUGAUUAAUCCUACUAUUAAUAAAUUAGUUAUAAAAUCGAAAUAUAAUGAAGAUAUUUUUGUAAAAAAUCAUAAGUCUAUUUAUGGUUCAUAUUAUGACCGAAAAGAAAACAAAUGGGGGUAUAUGUGUUGUAAGCAAACUGAUAAAAAUAUAUUCUGUCCAAAUAACCCAUUUGAUAACAGAAAUACUAAUUCAGAUGCCGUACCUAUUAAAAAGGAUAUAGAAAAAGUUAAUAUCGAUAAAAAGAAGAAAAAGAAAAAGAAAAAAAAAGGCACAUUUGAUAAUAGUAUAACAGCGAUUUUGAAUAAAUUAUGA